AUCACCAAACUCAAAUCUUAUUCUUUGGCUGGUGGUCUGGUUCAUAGGUAGGUAAUUUUCCUUGGUGUUUUCCUUCUGUCUGGAUAUAUCAAUUUCUGUUUUAAGAGGGGAAAGUUGUAAUUUUCUCUGGGUGGAAUAAAUUAAUGUAUUUGCCUUUACUACUUAAAAGUUUUAGAUAUUUUUAUGCUGCAUAUGCCAAGGUUGAGAUAAGAUGUUUCUAGCAUUAACAUGUGUAAGUUCUAGGUCUCAUUUGUAAACUUUCAUUUCAAUUAUGAGGUGUAUGCACUGUAUUCAUUUCUAGUCAGUGUAGGUCACACCACAUAGAGUAGAGAUCAUUCAAUUUAAUCUUAUUUUGCUAAGAUAAAUUACAAUUAUAAUCUUUGUUAUUCUUUUUGUGAACUCAUCAAUGGAUAUUUUUCUUACAAAUGGUAUAUCCUGCGAGCAUCCUAAAAUUGAGUCUAUGGAGCUAAGAGAGAGAGACGACCCAAGAUGACAUCCUCAGGAAAGGUUUCUGUUGUGAUGGUUGAAGUAAUUACUUGUUUUGAUGGCUCUGAUAUUCAGUUUCUCCUUUGACUUUUUUGGCGGAUCACUGCAAACAUGGGGAAAACUCACCUUGUCACAGAGUGAUACAUUGUCUACCAUAACUAGUUCACUUGGCUAUAUAUUGCUGCUCUUAGACACUUGGGCACUUGUUGAUGCUACUGCAAAAGGAUAUAAUGACUCAAGCUGCAUGUUCUUGGAGAUGCUAAUCAACAGAGGUUGUCUGGGUGUAGUUUCUCUUACUUUGAACCAACAAAGAAUGACCACUCACUACUGCCUCAGAAGGAAAUUCUCUAGCUACUUUAAUUGUUUGGCAGUUUGUGCAAUCACCAUAAGAGAUGAUGCUGUGAUCUUAGCUUUCAGCUUCACCUUUUACAUGUUUGAAGGAUCACCCUGGAAAGGGUGGAAAACUCACCUUAUCACCACUUAGUGGUACAUUGGCGGUCAGGUCAAUGUUACUAGUUACUACUGUGUAGCCACCAUUGAAGAUGAUGUAGUGAUCAUAGCUUUGACGUAAGUUUGUUGGGUUUUGCAAUAUAACGUGCAGCUAUUUCAUGUUAGAUUGUGACAAGGUUGAAUGAUUUUGUAGAUCUGCCCAUUCUCAUUUUCUAUUAUACUGCUAUCUGAUUAAGUAAAUUUAAUCUCAUCGGUUAGACUUUCAGAAGAUAGAAGAAGGUCCUCGGUGGAAGCCAUUUUGUCAAAAGUCAAAAGAAAAACCUCAAUGAUAGACUUAGUAUGAGAAUUCUGUGAUAGUGACAAUAAAAGACAGAGAGGUGGAGCUUGUAAGAAUCUUAACAGUUUUCACAAUCAUUGAUCUCUCAAGCUGUAGAUUCCAUGGACAGAUUCCUGAAGAGCGGGUUGAACUCAGUUCGCUUCUAGUACUUAACUUCCCUUGCAACAGUCUCACAGGUUAAAUUCCAUCAUCUUUGGAGAAAUGGGCAAAACUUGAAUCUGUAGAUCUCUUGUUAAACAAGCUUGAUGGCAGGAUUCCUGAGCAGUUGACAAGUCUGACAUUCUUUUUGGUUUUGAACUUUUCAUACAAGGAACUUUUGAUUCACACUCUACAAGGGAAGUAGUUCGAUACUUUUUCUAAAGAUUGCUACAUUGGAAACUUAGGAUUGUGUGGAAUUCCAUUGACAAUGAAAUGCAAGGUGACAAAGAACCAGAAUCACCUUCUUCCAAUUUGAUGAAGAAGAAGAUGAAUCUGCAGCAUUAUUUGAUUGGAAACUUGCAUUGAUGGGUUCUGGUUGUGGACUGCUGUUGGGACUAUGUCUUGGAUACAUUGUGUUCACAACAGGAAAACCAUUGUGGCCAGUGUAAAAGGUAGAGGUAUGCCAACAGAAGUUUGUGGGAUGGUAUAGCCGCAGAAAUAAAAAGAGAAAAAACCAGCCAGCAACCUGGCAGAUGCUGUUAGGUGAGUUUCUG